AGGCGGCGGCGGUAAGACACGUGUGGGGCUGCUGGGAGUUCUAGUGUGUCUCCCUGACAGGUUUCAAAAAAAUGAUCACACUCUUUCCAACAGAUUAAAGUUGAUGGGUUCACCUCUCAAACUGGACCUCCUGAAUGCUUUGUACAGCAGCACCCCGCAGUCGGUAGCACCCCGCAGUCUGUAGCACCCCAUGGCUUGUGUGCCCAACAAUGAGCUCCACAACCCGGCAACCAGGAGGCUGUAUUCAAGGAUGGAGGCCUCCUGCUUGGAGCUAGCAUUAGAAGGGGAACAUCUGUGCAAGGCUGGCGAUUUCAAAACUGGAACUGUUUUCUUCGAAGCCGCUGUGCAGGUCGGAACGGAAGACUUGAAGACGCUUAGUGCCAUCUACAGUCAGCUCGGCAAUGCUUACUUCUACCUGAAAGAGUUCUCUAAAGCUCUGGAAUAUCACAAACAUGACCUGACUUUGGCAAGAUCCAUCGGAGACCAUAUUGGAGAAGCCAAGGCAAGCGGGAACUUGUGUAAUACCCUUAAAAUCUUGGGCCAGUACGACGAGGCUAUCGCUUGCUGUCAGAGGCACUUGGAUAUUUCUCUAGAGCAAGGAGACAGGGUGGGUGAGGCGCGAGCUUUGUAUAAUGCCGGCAAUGUGUUCCAUGCCAGGGGGAAGCAGUUAAGCUGGAAUAUGCCCCAGAUACCCGGAGAUCUGUCUGAAGAAGUCAAGGAGACUCUAGAAAAAGCCACAGAGUAUUACCAGCGGAAUUUGGCACUGGUAAAAGAAUUGGGGGACAGGGCAGCCCAAGGUCGGGCGUAUGGGAACCUUGGUAAUACCCACUACCUCCUUGGCAACUUCAGCGAGGCCAUUGCCUUUCAUAAAGAGAGACUGGCUAUAGCCAAGGAGUUUGGAGACAAGGCGGCAGAGAGGAGAGCGUACAGCAACUUGGGCAAUGCUCACAUAUUCCUCGGGAAGUUCGAUGUAUCGGCAGAGUAUUACAAGAGGACCCUGCAGCUCUCCCGGCAGCUGAAAGACCAGGCGGUGGAGGCCCAGGCUUGUUAUAGUCUGGGAAACACUUACACACUGCUGCAAGACUAUGUGCGGGCUAUAGAGUUCCAUCUCAAGCACCUCUCCAUAGCGCAGGAACUGGGGGACAGGGUGGGUGAAGGUCGGGCUGCGUGGAGUUUGGGGAACGCUUAUGUAUCAUUAGGGAACCAUGAGAAAGCUCUGGGCUACGCUGGGAAACACCUGGAGAUAUCGCAGGAGAUUGGGGACAAGAAUGGCGAACUAACGGCGCGAAUGAACGUAACGCAGCUGCAGUCGGCCCUCUGCAUCCACGAUGGAGACUCUUCUCCGCUAUAUGAGGCUCAAGGUGCCAGACCCAAGAGGUUCCAGCGCCACAGCAUGGACAGCCUGGAGUUCAUCCCAUUCCCCUCCGACAAGGAGCAAAAUGGAGAUUUCAGCCGGAGCAAAAACUACCGCAACCAUCACGUUUCCAUGGAGGCAAAUGCACAGGAGGUUCCUACUCUUGAUACCAAUGACGUCCGGCUACAGAUGCCCCCCUUGAAAAUCAAUCGGGCCCCAUCGGAUGAGGAAUGUUUCUUUGACCUCCUGAGUAAAUUCCAGAGCAGCCGCAUGGACGAACAGAGAUGUACGUUAGACGAGACCGAGACGGGAAUCUCCGAGACCUCGACUUCCCCUGUGCCAGUGCUGGAGGACCCCAUAUCCUCCCCCUCAUUGAUGGCGUCGCCCCAGACGGAGGAAUUGUUUGACUUGAUUGCCACUUGCCAGAGUCGGCGACUGGACGAGCAGAGAGCGAGUGUGGGCAAACUGCCGGGCCUGCGGCUAACGCACAACAACGUGGGCCACCUGAGAGUGGAAGGGGAGGAGCCGGGCGACGACUUCUUCAAUAUGUUAAUGAAGUGCCAGUCUUCCCGGAUAGACGAGCAGAGGUGCGCCCCCCCAGACGCCAUCCCCAGGGGUCCCACCGUGCCCGACGACGACUUCUUCAGCCUCAUCCAGAGAGUCCAGGCCAAGCGCAUAGACGAACAGCGAGUGGAUCUCUCCUCAAACCAACAGGAAGAGGCUCGGCCGGACCCACUGACCAUGAACAACAGCUGAACGUCAGGACAGACACACGGACUUAUCCAAGGCUGCUCUGUAUGGAAGUGCCGAGUAUCUGCCCCGGGCAGGAGGGUCGGCCGUUCAGUGUUUUUUGGACAAAUUGUUUUUAUGACUGUUUUCUUACCCAAUGAACUGAUGCCCCUCCCCCCGGGGCAAUUUUAUAAAGGGCUACAAGAGCCGAGGCAACUGCCAGGUGUAAGUCACACUGAAUAAAACUGGCGGCAAGUAGCACAGGGUCCAGUGUUUGUAAUGUCAGUACCCCCCCUCCCCCCACUGACCUGAUUCAUUAAAGGGCAAUUACCCCACACACACGAAAUGGAUUUUAUACAAAAUCUAAUUGUUGGGGAGAAACUGCCAAUUAAAGGCAUCAUCAUCAGUAGCAGGUAUAUGUAUAAAUCUACAGACAUACGUGUAACACGCCAUUAGUACAUUAAUCCCCAGUCUAUUCAUUGCACCCUCACCCUGCUCUGCUCCCCAACCUUAUUUGCUCCAGGGACUGGUGUAAAGCCAGUGGAGGGGCAUCAAAUUCAUCGCAACUGUCAGAUUCAGGAUCACAAGUGUCAGAUUCAGGAUCACAAGUGUCAGAUUCAGUGCGUCUGCAUCAAAUGCGGAUUUGGCUCGGCGGCCCAGUUCAGGUUUGUCUGCGGCAGUUGGGGGACCCCUGCUCUAUGGGACAAUUGUUCCUCUGCUGCCCCCCCAGAUCACAUUCACAGGGUAAAGUGGGGGCUUUAAGCAAACAGAAGCCCAGGCUGAUGUCACACGGGGGUAUUUACGCUGGUGCCAUGGAAACUGUGACUCUAGGGGGCCCCCCCAUACAAACACACCCCAAAAUCGUGAGGGUUGCAGGUAAGUAGUCACUCAGUGGUCUCACCAGUGCACCAAUCACAUCAGCCUAAUCUAUAGUGGGGGUCAGACAAAGCAGCAGUACCCCCCCCAUCACAAAUCUCUGCAUUAGCUCCCGCACAACUGCCCCCCCCCCCCAAAGCUGGACUUUGGGCUCCUUGAUCUAACCAACCCUGUACUUGAAUGUUGGACUGGAGGGCAUGCUGGGAGUUGUAGUUGAACCGCAACUGGGACAGCCCAGAGUUAUUUAUUAUUUGCUGAAUCUACAGAGACAAACUGCCAAAUUAAAUAGAAAAUCUUUUCUUGUGCUUCAUAAAAAUAUUUUGUGGAAGAA